AGUCCAUAAUAUUUGUUUUGUUUUGUUUAUUUUUGCUUUUCAAUUUCAAUACAUAGGUGGGUGGGUACAAACAAUUUAUUCCACAAAUAAUUAUUUUUGCUUCAAAAUAAAUUCAACUUCUGAAUUAAAAAGUACCUAAAAUAGCUGUGUAUAAUGCGUCGUUCCUGGAGAGGCCGAUAUAGAAAUAAUUGGCCUCGAUACAAUAACAGAUAUAGAUCAAGCAGCAAUAAUUGCGAUAAUACCAGUGUAAAUAAUUCCUCUAAUUCCACACGAAUAAACAGCACAACCGAAUCUUCUAGGGCGCCUUCUAACCAAGCACCUAUUUUAGUACCUAUCAACUCUAAUAACUGCACAUGGAAACUUUAUUUCCCAUCUGAAGAAUAUUUACCAAAUAAUGAAAAUGCUGAACAUAUAAAACAUUUCAAAUCAUAUAUUGAAAGGAAUAGAAGCUUAUUCGAUCUUGAGAAAAUAGAUCAUACUCGCAGUGUGCCAUUAGAUGUGCAAAAUUUAACAAAUGAUGUUGAAUUCAAAAGUGGCUGGCCUACUUUUGAUACAGAUUUGUGUGAAAAACCCGAAGCUACAUUACGCCAACUAGAGUUUUCUUUACAUGAGAGUUUAAAAUGUGAAUCAAAAAUAAAAGUUCGCAUACUAAAUCAUCAACCAGUUAUACCACUGGCUAAUUUAAAAGUCAAUUAUUUUGGAAAAUUAGUCACCAUCAAAGGCACUGUGAUCCGAGUGGGCAGUGUAGGAUUGAUAUGCACUUCAAUGGCCUUUGAAUGUUCCAGUUGCCAUGGUGUGCAAGCUGUGGUACAGCCUCAGGGUGUCUUCACUGGUCCAAACCAUUGUCAAAGUUGCAACAGCAGUUCCAAGCUUGAGCCUUUGCUAUCCUCACCAUUUACAAACACAACAGAUUGCCAAGUCGCCAAGAUACAAGAAAUUCAAUCUCAGAGUGUAUCAGGAACAAUACCCCAGAGCGUAGAAAUAGAGCUGCAAGGCGACCUGGCUGGGACGGCUUGUCCUGGAGACGUGAUUUCUGUAACUGGCAUUGUACAAGUUCGUGGAGAAAGUAAAGGCGGCGAGGACGGAAAAAGAGCAGCGAGGUUGUUGGAACUCUACAUUGAAGCUGUCUCUGUUCAUAGUCAAAGGAAUUUGAGCAACCCCUCUCUGUCUUUUACUCUGAAAGAUUACUAUGCGAUACAGGAGAUUCACGCAUCAGAAGACGUGUUCAAGCUCCUGGUUCACUCGCUAUGCCCCAGCAUCUUCGGUCACGAAGCGGUGAAGGCGGGGCUGGUGCUGGCGCUGGCGGGCGGCGCGGAGCGCGCGCGCGGGGCGCGGCCCGGCGCGCACGCGCUGGUGCUGGGCGAGCCCGGCCUGGGCAAGUCGCGUCUGCUGCAGGCCGCCGCUAGCGCCGCGCCCAGAGGCGUGUACGUGUGCGGAGCGUCGUCAUCGGCGGGCGGGCUGACGGCGACCGUGUCAGCGGGCGGUGCGGGUGCGGGGGCGGGGGCGAGGGCGGGGGGCGGCGCGCUCGAGGCGGGCGCGCUCGUGCGCGCCGACCGCGGCGUCUGCUGCAUCGACGAGCUCGACAAGAUGACCGCUCACCACAGCAGCCUGUUAGAAGCGAUGGAGCAGAGACGAGUGAGCAUCGCGAAAGGAGGAAUAGUAUGCAGUCUAGCUGCGAGGGCCACUGUCCUGGCGGCCGCCAACCCAGCCGGCGGCAGCUACAACCGGGCAAAGACUGUUGCUGAAAACCUGAAAAUCAAUCCUGCUCUCUUAUCAAGAUUUGACUUGGUGUUUAUUCUCUUAGACCAACCCGAUGAGAAAAAUGACGCAAUGUUGUCAGAACAUGUUUUAGCCAUGCACAGCGGCCAGAAAAGCAAAAAAGUCGGAAGUCACGACGCCAAUGCUAGUAUUAUCACAAGCCAAUAUGAUAAAGGAGCUUCUUUGAGCAAGCGGUUACAACUGAAGCCGGGAGAAAAUAUCGAUACAUUGCCUCUGGUACUAUUCAGGAAAUACAUUGCGUACGCCCAAAGAUAUGUUCAUCCGAAACUUUCCGCCGAGGCAGCCACUACACUGCAAAAUUUCUACUUAGACCUGAGACACAACCAUCAGAACAGCUGUGAUGGGCCGCCUAUCACCACUCGGCAGCUUGAGGCCUGUAUUAGACUCGCACAAGCUCGGGCAAGAAUAGAUUUAAGAGAAGAAGUAACAGUCCAAGACGCUAAUGACGUGAUUAGCUUGAUCAAACACAGUCUGAUGGAAACCUUUAGCGAUGAGUUUGGGAACAUACAGCUGUCCCGAUCUAUCAAUGGGUCUGGAAUUAGCUCAAGAAAUAAAUUGAAGAAAUUUCUGGACGCGUUGACAAGGCGUUCGCAUCAACUAGGCAAAGAUAUAUUCACAAGACAGGAAAUGAUACAGAUACACAAGGCUGCCGGAGUGCCUGGUGACGCUAAUGAGCUGAUCGAAGCUAUGCAUGUACAUUCUUACUUAUUAUUGAAAGGAUCUAAUACAUACCAACUGAUUGCCAUAUAAGUUGUUAUGUUUAUUAACUUAUAAGCUGUCUGUGAUUUUAUUUUAAUAAGUAUUGUUGUUAUGAAACUUUGUUUUUAAAUAUAAAACUCACACUGUU